AUGGUGGACAGAAGUGUUUUCGCGCAGCGGCCCAACGUCCUCGCCCUCUUUCCUUGGCGGCACUCUUCUUCAGGCCCCUCAUCCGAGGAAGAGACAGCUGCGGUGGAAUGUGAGAAUUUGGCCGGGUACCGCGAGGUAUCCAUCCCCUCUUUGGCCGCCGCUCCUGGCCACUGCUUCUGCGCCUGCGCGCGCGCUUACGCGGGGUGCGACUCAGGAACUCCUGCGCUUGCACGCCGCUCUAGGGAUGCUGGGAGUCGGGUGCGAAUCUCGUUCUGCCCGCAGUCCGGCGAGCUGAGCCGGCGUGCUUGUGCAGUGUUCCUCGACAGCGCCCCAGCGUUCGUGCGUUCGCGCAUGAGCGCGCGCGCGGCCUGA